ACAGUGUUCGAUCCUCCCAACAAACCAAGCUCUCCCAAUGGCGAGCAUCCCCUCGGUCGCCGCCUUCUUCGGGCUGCUGGCCUCGACGUACGCCACCGGAUUCUUCCCCAACCUCGACGUGCAGGCGGGCGCCGCCAAGAACAUCGUCGUUCAAGCUCCGCCGCUCGACGCCGCUGUCCAGACGAUGCUGCUGGUGGCUGCGGCGUUGGGCGCCUUCAACGCCGCCGUCCGGCUCAUCUAUGCUCGCCUCUACAACGCCGCCGCCGCCACCGCCUUGGACAGGAGGAUCCCGCAGGUAGUUUACCUCACCCUGUUCGCUUCUUCCGGGCUGCUGGUGGUGGUCCCUCAGCCAGGCGCCAUCGACGGCGGCCAUGAUCUUCUUCCUCUCGCCGUCCCAGUUGUCGGUGCACUCCGUCCAGCUGCUGCCGCAGCCACGUUCUUCCUCUCCGUGACGCUCAUCUACGCCCACGUCCGUGCCGUCGGUGAAGGUGGAGCCGACGCCGUCGCCGCCGGCAACGUACCAAUCCUCCCGAUCAUCGUGAGCCUCCUCACCAAGCUGGUCCUCGCUGCCGCGCUUCUCACGGUCGUUCUCACCCUCACCUCUACCGUCCUUGCCUCCUACGCCGGCUGAUCAGCAUGCCUCCAUCCAUGAGGACAUGAACACACACACUGCGUGCUGGUAAGGGAUCUCACCAUGUUCUCAGGAGUUAUACUUGGAGUCUGUGUUCAUGGCCGGUUUGUUGAAACAAUAGCAGAUUGAUUAUGCUGUACGUGAGUUGUUUCUGGCAUAUUUGUGUGUGGCCAGCUAGAUGCAACUCCUUAAUACUUGCUAAUGGUUCUGGAUUUGAUGGCGAACUGAGAUUAAUUAUGGUAUAUUUG